CCAAAUCUUCCUUCAUUUGCAAAUAAGCUCUCACUCAGAACUUGACCAACAAAAAACUUGACUUUCUCUGCAUCUUUCUUGUUGAAUCCACAUUUGCAUUUUUGUUCUUUGUUAAAAUGCAUUACCAAACGGAGUCAUGGAGUUCGUAUGUUGGGGCGAGAACUGUUGGUGGCGACCCAUUGGAGCGCAUAGAGAGGCUGGCGUCAGAGAACGCGGUGGUGAUCUUUAGCAUGAGUAGCUGCUGCAUGUGUCACGCCAUCAAGCGGUUGUUUUGCGGGAUGGGUGUGAAUCCGACGGUGCACGAGCUGGACGAGGACCCGAGAGGCAAAGAGAUGGAGAAAGCUCUUAUGAGGCUUCUGGGUGGCUCCUCCUCUGUACCUGUCGUGUUUAUUGGCGGGAAGCUGGUGGGCACCAUGGACAGAGUCAUGGCCUCGCAUAUUAACGGCACUCUUGUGCCUCUUCUCAAAGAGGCUGGUGCUCUUUGGCUUUGAUGAUGAUCCUUACGAUUUCUCUUCUCCAAUAACACUUCCCAAAAAAAAAACAAAAAAAAUUGACUCGUAUAGAAAACGACAGAGGAAGAGGAGUUGAAUUAAUCUCUGCGUUGAUUAGAUAAUCUCUACUUUUUGUUUGUCUUUUUUUUGUUUUAAUUCUCCUGAGCAAGUUUUUCUUCUAUUUAAUCUCUGUUUUCUCUAGCCCAAAGUUUCCAGAAAGAAAUGAAAUUGCUUCCUCCUCUGUAUUAUCAUAGAUAGAAAUGAAACUAAAGUGUUCUCCA